UUGAACGCGGGCAAACGGUUUUCUAGGGAAAACGGAUCAUCGGAGCUGCUCAGUGUAACCUCUGGGCGGGAAUCGGAAACGUGCUUGGACGCACCGAUACCAUAGUAGGUCGCAUCACCUACUAAGCGAACAGAAGGAAUUUUCGAAUAUGGAUAAAUAUUUGUCACUGCUUUUACUGUGCUACGCGCUAUACCAGACUCUUGAUGUUGUCCAUGGUGAUCAGGUUGUAUUGCUUGACACCACGAAAGAAGCCACGCUGGAAUGGACACGAUAUCCUUAUGGACCACAAGCUCAGACUCCCGGUUGGGUUGAAGAAUCGUUCACAAACUUCGUAAAGGGCAUCAACUGGCGCAGCUACGUCGUGUGCGAUGUGGCCUACAACAACGUCAACAAUUGGUUGUGGUCACCAUUCAUCGACCGUGGAUCCGCUAAUCGGUUGUACAUCGAAAUCCACUUCACUAUACGAGACUGUUCACUGUUUCCAGGCAAUGCGCUCUCGUGUAAAGAAACAUUCAGUCUGCUAUUCUACGAGUUCGAUGCGGCGACACGCGAACCGCCACCCUGGCAGCCAGAAAGCUACAAGCUGAUAGGACGCAUUGCUGCUGGCGAAGGACGUUUUAAUCAAAAUUCGGAUGUGGAUAUUAAUGUGGAAGUGAAGAGCAUUGCCGUAACGAAAAAAGGUGUAUACUUUGCGUUCCGUGAUCAGGGUGCUUGCAUUAGUGUGCUGGCCGUGAAAGUUUAUUACAUAACUUGCCCGGCGGUCACAAUCAAUUUUGCGCACUUUAAUGAAACACCAACUGGACGUGAAGUAACAAUCAUCGAACAGCAAAUGGGCGUGUGCGUGGACAAUGCGGAAGCGUACGAGCCUCCGACCUAUCUAUGCAAGGGCGAUGGAAAAUGGACCAUUCUGACCGGGGGCUGUCGAUGUAAGGUCGGCUACGAACCAGACACUGAGAAGCAGACAUGCAAUGUGUGUCCGGUGGGUAAAUUUCGCUCAGCAGAAGUAAAAUCAUGCACAAUCUGUCCGCUUAAUUCGAAGACCAACAAAAUUGGUUCGCCAUACUGUCCAUGUCUCAGCAGUCACUAUCGUCAUCCUCGUGACGGAAAACACAUGCCGUGCUACAAGCCACCCGGCAUGCCCAGUAAUCUAACUCUCUUGUUCAUUGACCAAACCAGUGCGAUUCUAUCCUGGAACUCGCCACAGCGGUCGCCCAAUGAGCAGCUUGACACUAUUUACCGAAGUGACAUUGUGUUUCGCGUGAAAUGUGCAGCUUGCUCUUCGAAUGUUGUGCUCAAUCCAUCUAGCGAAACCUUCAACGAUACUAAGCUUACGCUUACGAACCUUGAACCAGUUACUACUUACACGGUGCAGAUACACUCGCAGUACGGUGUCUCGUAUCCGAUCGUCAUAUCGGAUGCUGGCUCUGCUGGAGCUGGUACCGCGUUCGAUAAUAUCAGCAGUUCCGUAUCCGGAGGACAUUAUGGGUACCACGUCACGGAACCGUCUCCGAUGGUUAAUGUUCGCACAUCUUCCGAUCUGGAUGACAUCAAAACUGAGUUUGCUGAAAUCACCUUCACCACGGAGUCACCCAUUUUAAGCACCGUAUUCAAUGUGAAAGUAAUACAGAUAACCAACAAGGAUGUCGAUCUGGUAUGGGACAAACCGAUCCACAGCGACUCACCGAUUGAGUAUUACGAAGUACGGUGGUUCCUGAAAUCCGAGGUGGACGCAAUGAACAAGUCCGUGUUGAGCACGAAGGAGUCUAAGGUGCACAUUGGCGAUUUGCUGGAAAAUACUGAAUACGGGUUUCAAGUGCGAUGCAAAACUCUAAACGGUUGGGGAACCUUCAGCAACAUCGUUUACGCUCAAACGCAUCAGAGUGUUAGUCCUGUGUACGAUGAUUCUUUUCAAAUGCGUAUCGUAGCCGGUACAACGGUCACCGUCGUUGUUAUAUUGGUGUUAGUAAUUGUGGUUACUGUUGUUUUUCUACGUUCGAAGAGCCACGAUGACAUCGACAAGAAAACCAGCAAUCACCUUCCUCUGCCUAUGGACUAUGCCAGCAACGAAGUUCACGCAAUGGAUACGACUCCCAUUGUCAAAUCAAUGAAAAACAACGUGACUACCCCGUUGUUCGGUACUAGUAGAAGCUACGUUGAUCCACAUACCUAUGAAGAUCCUAACCAGGCUAUACGAGAAUUUGCUCGCGAAAUUGAUGCCAGUUACAUUACGAUUGAGGCGAUCAUUGGUGGUGGCGAGUUUGGUGAUGUCUGCAGAGGACGUCUUAAGGUUCCACCGAACUUUGUGCAGGAGAUCGAUGUAGCAAUCAAAACUUUGAAGCCGGGGUCGUCAGAGAAAGCGCGUUGUGAUUUCCUCACUGAAGCAUCCAUCAUGGGGCAGUUUGAGCAUCCGAACGUCAUCUUCCUUCAGGGAGUGGUAACACGUUCCAAUCCCGUGAUGAUAAUAACCGAAUACAUGGAAAAUGGCAGCCUGGACACAUUCUUACGAGCAAACGACGGCAAAUUUCAAACGAUACAACUGAUAGGGAUGCUGCGUGGCAUAGCCGCCGGCAUGACCUAUUUGAGCGACAUGAACUAUGUUCAUCGGGACUUAGCAGCACGCAAUGUGCUAGUCAACUCGUUAUUAGUGUGUAAGAUUGCCGACUUUGGACUGUCGCGCGAGAUUGAAAACGCCAGCGAUGCCUAUACGACUCGAGGUGGCAAAAUUCCAGUACGCUGGACAGCUCCGGAGGCGAUCGCAUUCCGCAAGUUCACAUCCGCUUCGGACGUCUGGUCGUACGGUGUGGUACUGUGGGAAGUUAUGUCUUUCGGUGAGCGACCAUAUUGGAACUGGUCCAACCAAGACGUCAUCAAGAGCAUAGAAAAGGGCUAUCGGUUACCAGCACCGAUGGAUUGCCCGGAAGCACUGUACCAGCUAAUGCUGGACUGCUGGCAGAAGCAGCGAACGCACCGGCCCACGUUCGCAAGCAUUACGCAAACUCUCGACAAUUUAGCGCGGCAGCCGCAUGUGUUGCUUGCUACGCGUAACUCUCCAGAUAAUCCUGUUGCACGGAUGGGAUCGACUGGCAUCGUCGACGACCUAACUCAGGACAUGUUGAUAGCUGCUGCUGGUGGUGCCAGUGGCAUUGGAACCACUUCCCAACAGCAGCAACAGCCACCGUUACAGCAACAACAACAACGGACAGCAAUACACCUGGGUGGAACGAGUGAGCGAAUGCAAAACAGUGCUGCAUGUAGUACGAAUAGCACUUCGGCGAUGGCUACUCCAGGAUCUACUGUUGGUGGACUGAGCAAUACGGGGACGAUGACUGGCGUUGGCACUUCAACUAUCUUUAUUAAUACGGAUGUAUGGUUAGAGAGCAUCAAAAUGGCACGAUAUGCGCAGCAUUUUAAGGAAGCUGGUCUUGUUACGGCUCAACAGCUUUCUCGACUUACUGCGCAGCAACUUUCCGAUAUGGGCAUAACGUUGGUGGGUCAUCAGAAAAAAAUUCUUCAUCAGGCUAGACAAAUCGACACGAUAAUUUAAAUCCACAUCGAAACGCGUUUCCUUUCCUUUCAUGCGACCCCAUGAUAUACAUGAAAAACAACAAACGUUUGCGUUUGGUAAUUUUCGAUUGUCGCACGGAUUGAUAAUACUCUUUAAAAAAGGAUAAUCAUAGGAUAAAACAUGGCAGCUCAGGAUAAAAAAAUGAAAUAGUGAUAGAAGUGGAAUUACCAGCUGCUUGGUAGUGGAAUUAUAUUUAGGUUUGACUAGGAGACACAUUAAGUAAGAUGAUUCGUGGUUUUAAUGCUAACUUUUUUGCGUUUUAACGUCGUCGUAGAGGUUUUAUUGUUUAUAAAAUUGAACACGAGGUGUGGCCAUGGUAUGAUAUAUCAGAGCCAAGGAAACAUCGAAAACAAAUGUCAUACUUUUGAAAUUCUCUCGUAUGGUCGUGAAUAUUAAAUUUGUAUUUUGUUUGAUAAAGUCACGGUUAUUUGUUUUCUGGCAAUUUUUUUUAAAUAUUCGAAAUAUGAAAAUAUGGACUGCAUUUAAUUGCCUACAAGAAACAAGAGAAAGAGAGGAAAAGAGAGAAAAUGAGAAGUAAGAGUGAAACGAGAGAUACGAUUUCUGUUUCCGUCAGGAUAUGAUAGAAACAAUAUUAGUAUUUGAGCAAGCAAGAGUUGCAAUUCGGGUAGGUUUAUAUAAACAAUGUGAUUUUUAUACUCGUUAGCAAUAGGUAGUUGGUUUUUAAUUUUAAUAUUCGGAAAAUUUUCACCUAAAUUCAGUGCUACUUUGCAGUGCAGACGUGAAUAUGAUAUUAGGACGUAUGUUUCUGAUUUUAGGUAUCACGUGUUUUAACCCUAGCCUCAAUUUAUUACUUAUUUUAUUUUAUUCUCGUGGUCGUAGUCGCUUCUGGAUGGUUUAAAGCAGUUUCACUAAAAAGCAUUUAUAUUUUUAAUUUAGAGUGAGAGAGAGUGAGUGACAGGAUGAUCUAGAGAGUGUGAGAGAGAGGAUGAGAGAGAAAAGCGAAUAGUAGAUAAAGCAAAAGGAAGGGAGAUAGAUAAAUAGAUAGACAGAGUGACACAGUGAGCAUAGAAAAUGGGAGAACUGCAUGUGUAUACUUUUGGCAAAGUCAUAUAAUGAACAGCAAGAUAGAGGUUUCGUUCACAGCCAGAUGUUGCAUUACAAAAAAAAACAAAAACACUCACAGAAACAAAGGUAUUACUUAUAUAAAUUCAUUUUCCAUUAUUUACAUCUCAGAGAAACAAAAAUAUUACAAAAGACAAGUACACACUCAUUAAUACGAGCAGACCAAGAGUAAAUUGCUAGGCUUUAUUCAAUGUGUGAAACUGAACCGGGAUUUUUUUAACUUUUUGUUGGGGUUUUAGUUGUUAAGUCAUACGUGGCGCACAACGCGUUAAUAUGUUUCCUGUAAAGUUGCACUCAUAAACCAGUGGAUGAUAAUUUAUUGGUAAAUUUUUCCUUUUUAUAUGCUUUGCAAGAUAUUUUUGAAUGUUCAAAUGUGCAUGGGUAUAGCUUCUGCAUCUAGUAUAACAUGCGGAGCCGAUUUUGUACAAUUGACAUUUUCAUGUUCACGGUGCAAUAUCGAUGCAAUAUCAGGGUUUAUCAUUGUGAACGUCUCAAUGGGGUGGCGUUCAGUUCACUAUUUUCUUCGUAGUUGGUUCAAACUAUCGAACAUCCACCCGAAAGUCCUUCUACCACUACUCAACGAUUUUUGACAAGGCGUCCAUAGAACAAGCAAGUACGUCCAUAGAACAGACAAGUAAAAAUGAUAUUUACGCAUCAAUCAUCAUCAAUUUGAGAUGUUCCUAUCCAUGUGAAGUGAUCGUCCUAUCCUUAAAUCUACAUUGAAGAGAGACGGACAGAAAUUGUGCGAUUUAUGUGAAAUAAAAUCUGAUGAUCUGAUGGGAAUUUUUCUCAAAUAAAUGCUAACUACUAUAUCAUUUUGUUACUAGCGUAUCAUAGGAACAUAGCAAAUAAAUUGAAGAUGAAGCGGUACUUAAGGCGAUGUAUGAACGAAUGUUUUGGAAAUUCUGUGACAGAUUGGCGAUUUGGAAAUUGUUUCAUACUAGUCCUUCCUUGUUAGUUGCAGACCGCGUUCAAGACUUGUAUACAGUCAUCAAAGCCAGCCAAUGCAUAAACGAAACCCUUCUUUUAUCAAAUAUUGAUGCUAUCAAACAAUUUAAUCAUCAACAAAAGAACAACUAAACGUCUUCAAUUUAUCCCUGUUAUUACAUAAACUGUUUUACACAUUUUGUUACUUUUUUGUUACUUUGUUCAUCUUGGUUCAAAAGAUAUACUCGUUACUCGUUUCGUUUCGCUAUUGAACUGUUAUAUUUGGUCAGUUUCAACAUGUAUGCAUAGGAGAAUUUGGUUCGCAUCGUUCUUUUAGUUUUGUUCAGAACAUUUCGUAACUUAAAAAAAUAGACGCGGUAUUGGUUGCAAAUUUUGAGUACAUCAUGCACAUAAGUGAGUGAAUAUUCUGUCACUGUGAAAAAUUGACACGACUAUAGGGAAGAGUUAGAAAAAUGACUAAACUUUUUGUACAUUUUUAAGGACAGAGAGAACCGUGCAUAAUGAGAAGAACUAGUUAUUCAUAAAGACUCCAUAUAUAAAAUUUAACGAUAGAAGAAGCAGUUAAUUCGUGAUAAGAAGCAAAUGUAAUAAGAAUGUAAAUUAAACGCAAAUACGCCAAUAUAUGACAAGACUGUAAUUUAUAGCAAUAUAUCGAUAUGUUGAUCUGCAAUGUGGAAACGAGGAAAAACAACUGUAUUGUAAAUGGCAUAUCAACUUUAUGCUCCUAUCAGUGGUUUAUUGACUGUAUGUUGGUUAGGGGAAACAAACAUAACAAACAAAUAUUUAAGAAGGAAUUCAAACGUGACAUACAUGUGAAAACUACUUUUAUGUAUUACUGUUUAAUGCUUCGGUUCAAUUGAUAAAUUACGGUCAAUUAAAUUCAAUAAUAAUCAGGUCGAUAACCAAAAUUUUCGAUUAACUGUAUAUUUCGUUUGAAUUAUUUUAUACAGGUUUGAUUAAACAUCAAACACGCGUUGAACUAAAUAAUGGCUUUUAAAUUUUUGAUUGAAUAAUUCCAAACAGUUUUAUCUUAUAUUAGGACUUUGAAUUAAUUCAUGCAGUUUUUCGCAAAUGGUUUUCCUUCUUUAAAUGUCUCUUAUUUUAAUUCAUGAACACAGCAAGACAUUUUUCUGAUUCCCAUAGCACUCAGGCGUUAGGAUCUCGUUUUGCGUCUGCCAUGCAUCGUGAUCGAUCAAUGCAGCCAAUUCUUCAUCAUCAACCUUUUUUAACUGUUCAGGUCGCUCUUGGUCUUGCACGCCAAAAUCACCACUUGUAAACUGCAACUGCGCAAAUCACACCUGACAGAUUCUCUCAGCAAGAGCAUGUACACCAUAAGUUCAGUUCCAUUAGAAUACGAUGACUUUCGGUAACCUUUUUUGUCAUAUUGAAGUAAUGAAGAAGUAUUCCCCGGAAAAACACUUUAUCAGGAACAAAACUCGACAUUUUCAGAUGCUUAAGAAAGAUGUUGUUUACACGUUAAUCAAAAAACCUAUACUGCGUUAGGUGCGUAAUGAUAGUAGCUAUCAAACAGCCAUUUCAAACAAAAUUGUGACAUUUAGAAAACAAUGCCAACUGUUGUAAAAACGCGUGAAUGAAUUCAUAGUUCUAAUAUGUUCCAUUAUUCAAUGGAGAAACAAGUACAACAGCAAAGUGUACGCAGUGUACGACGACCUUAUUGUCGUGCAGCGUAUUGGUCUCACCAGGCUCUGGUUUGCUUCUCAUGUCAUGUCAAUGAUCGGAAAGUCCGGACCAGUCCGUGACCAAAGUGUGCUUUGGUCGCCCGGAAGGACAAAGACGACGUGGAUGGUCCCGUUUGAGAUGAUGCGACUGGAGCGAUGGGAGAACGCUGGAUCAAUGAGUUGGCGGACGAAGGCAUUCAACUGCGAGCGGUGAAGGGAGUUUAUGUUACAGCCCUUGGCUGCUCGGCAGUUGUAGCAUCGGAUAAAGUAAACUAAAGUGGACAUUGUCCAUCGAUUUAGUGCAGUCCAUCGCACAAAAUUCAAAGUAUUUCGUGCAGCGUGGUAAUAAUUUGUUUUCUCUUUGCUUAUGUUUUUGCUGAUCAUUGUCAUUGUCUUCGUAGCUUCGUUCCGUAGUUUCAUUCCAAUGCUUGCAAUCUGUUAAAAUGAUACCUAUUUCUUUGAUGGAAAAGAAAUUGCGAUUGGUUCAAUGCGCUAUGUUUACCACAAAUUUCAUUCCUUCUGAAAAUCAGAAAAAUUUAAUAUACAAAGCAACAAUUUGAAACGAAAAAUAAGGAUUUAUUAAAACAAGACCUGCUAAACAAUCGCCGACUACAAUUAAUGGUCUUGAAAAUCCGAUCAUAAUAAAAUAUUAACUUGCAAUUAAGAAAAUCAAUUUUUGUAAAUCAAAAAAAGCAAAACAGUAAUUUUCUAUGUAUAAAUUGUAGAUGAUAUAGCAACUGAUAAUUAGGUCGAGUUGAAGCCAUAAACGGAAGGAACGUAGUCGCCGUACUUUUGAAUAACAUAGUAAAACGACUUCCAACACAUUGCCACCAUUAGCAUAGGUGAGUGGUUGACAGAAAGCUAGCACAAGUAGAUGCUCAAAUACUUAUGCGUACAUACCAAGCUGGAACGAAAUAUACUUCUAGAGUUCGAUUAUCUAAGCAUCUCUUACAGGCAUGGUUAGCCGUAGAUGCGCAGAAAUGAUAGUACAUAUCGUGGGUGUAAAACUAUAAGUGGUACAAGAAAGAUUCAAGCUUUUUGCGGUUUUCGUAUGUAGAUAAAUUGGAGGUAAAUGAAAGCAAUUGGGAUCACUGGCUACUUUAAACUUUUACGCUACUUUUGGAUUUCACUGUGGAAUAUAGCGCCCGGUUUGUUUCUAUGUCUUGUUAAAUUCAGCUUUGACUCAUGUCCUGGCUAGACAGAGCAAAUACCAUGAAAUGAAAACAUUAUAAGCCAAUGGCACCAGGUCUUAUGAGUACAGUGGGUGAGACAGAAAUCUCUAAUAUAAAGACCGUUUCCUUCACAAUUGUAACCACAUUAAGUGGGUAAAUUGCUACGUUGCACGAUGACUCUUCUGUAUCUUGUCGCGUACUGUGGCCUUUUUCUACGCAAUGCUUGAUGCAAACGUAUCAAUUGUUUAUUGUAAAAGUGUGUGUUAACCGUAUAUUACUUCUCCGAUAAUUCCUAUUGGAGAAACACAAGCCGAUUCCAUUUAAUGUACAUUAUUAUCAUAUUUUUCCCGUCAAUUUUCGAAUAAUCGAACAAUUGAAGGCAUUUGCGUUUGUUAAACUUCUCUUUAUUUGCUGCCAUCACUAACUAGCACGUCAUCAGUUGUAGAACAGGGAAUACCCCUGUUAAAAGGAUUGUAACAUCAAAAAUUACUAUGAUCAUCUUAGUUUCGUUCCAAUACAGCAUGUAAAGUUCCGGAAGAAACAAAGAAAAACCGAUGAAUCAUUAAAUCGCAGUUAACACGUAAUACGAUUCAAACUAUCAUAAUAAAUCGCAAUAGUAAAAGAUAUCGUUUCAUUAACGUAAAAGUUGACGUACGAAUGACUCCUUUUAAAAAUAUUUUAAAGUAAUGUAAACACAAACACAAAGGCAACUGAUAAGCCCAAACUAAUAUACCUGCGUUAAUUAUUUUUUCCUAAUUGAGAAGGUUCACUUACGUGUUGCAAUAGGGACUAGAAUUAUUUUCAUAAGAUUCUCAGUACGACUUGUGUUUUGAAUUCGAUUACGCUUACCGUAUGUGUAUGCUGAUUUUUAUCGAUUACUGUUUCUCGCACUGAAGUUUUCACGAAAGUAGAGAUUGGCGAACCUUGGCGAAAGAAAACAAUACAAUACAGAAACAAUUGACCUAAAUGUAUUAGUAGCAUACAUUGAUUUGUAAGUACAUGUAUAAAUUAAGGCAGAGUUUGUCCAGAAGCGCCGACGUGUAUUAUAAUAUUAGGUGAGCGUGUCACGAAAUUCAAGUUGAUUGAAGUGACGGCAAUAGGCAGCCGCUGUGGAAAGCUAACGUACGCCUACCACGCAAUACUGGCCAUCAGGCCUUAUGGAUAUCCUGUGCGAAUGAAACAUUGUAGGGAAACGUAUUGCACAGAACCCAAACACAAUACCGAUGACUAAGCUUAUCGGAAACGAUAAAAAUAAUAUUUAUAUAAAUAAAACAAACGAAAAG